AUGUUGCCCCGAGCCGGCCUGCGUGCGCUGCGCAUCCGCCCUGCACUUGCAGUCCCGCGCACCACUCCCAUAGCCUCUGCAUCGCAAUGGACCCGCACAUAUGCCAGCAACAACCGGAGAAAAGACAACACGUGGAAGAAGACGGAUCCCAUCAAGUUUGACGAGAAGAACAAGGCGCGCGCGAACCCCGUCAAUCCCUCAGAACAGCCCGAGUUUGACACGGCGGCGUCACCUGACCGCAACACAGCACCAGAUGCAACGCAGACUUCACGGCCAAAUGGAAGUGCGACACAGGCUUCGGUCGACGCGGGGAAGGACAUGAAGCGGGACGAGCAGGCGGAAAUGGACGGCCCCAAGUCAUCCACAGAGAACACAGAUCCCACCACCGAAAGCCCCGAGGCCCAGCAGCGACCCCAGAAGCCGCUGCCCGAUCUGCGACAAGGAAUUCCCUCGACGUUUGGAGCCGAAUUUGCCGGUGCCGAGGGCAAGGCCAAGGAUGCGGAAGACUUUGAGGAGCCUGCCCCAGGUAGCACAGGCGGGCGAGAGGGCGGCGAGCUCCCCAAGUCGGCGUACGAGACGAGUACAGACAGGCGGAGGAACCGUGUCGCGAACUGGUCGUAUCUGGCCAUGCUUCUUUUCGGCACAACGGGCGCCGUCUACAUGGGCCGGAACUGGGAGACGGAGGAGGAAGAGCAAGCACAUGUGGACGCGCCCAACGGCUGGAGCAUCGGCCAGAUGUACGCGCGUGCAGCUGCUCGUAUCAACGGACAGAAGGCCUACUACACAGAACCCACCUUCCAGAAGCUGCUGCCCGACAAGGACAAGAUCCCCGGGGGAGCACCGGAAUUGACUCUGGUCCUGAGUUUGGAAGAUCUCCUGCUGCACUCGGAAUGGAGCACCAAGCACGGCUACCGACUGGCGAAGCGACCUGGGCUCGACUACUUCCUCCGAUACCUCAGUUCGCAGUACGAGCUCGUCAUCUUCACCUCUGUCAAAUCCAUGGACGCCGAUCCCAUCAUCAGAAAACUCGAUCCCUUCCGUCUCGUCAUGUGGCCACUGUUCCGCGAGGCAACACGGUUCGAGAAGGGCGAGUACAUCAAGGAUCUCUCCUACCUCAACCGCGAUCUUUCCAAAGUCAUCAUCAUGGACACCGACCCAUCGCAUGUCAAGCUGCAACCCGAGAACGCCAUCGUCAUGCCCAAGUGGAAGGGUGAGCCUGGCGACAAGGGCCUCGUAGCCAUGAUUCCCUUCCUCGAAUACCUCGCCAUGAUGUCGCAGACAGGGCAACCGAUAGACGUGCGUACAGUUCUCAAGUCGAUGGAAGGCAAGGACAUCCCGACAGAAUAUGCCCGCCGCGAAACAAAGCUCCGUGAAGCUUUCAACCGCGAUCUCGCCGACCAAAAGCGCAAGACCAAGGGCAGCGCCGGUGGCAUGUUUAUGAAGAGCUUGGGUCUAGAUGCAGCAAAGCCUGGGAUGGUUCUUGGCGACCAGAACCUCUCUCAAGGAAUGGCGGAGGGCAAGAUGAUGAUCGACAUGUACCGCGAUUUCAACAGGCAAAACUACGAGCACCUCGACAAGCAGAUUCGAGAGAACGGAGACUCGUGGCUGAAGGAGAUGGCCGAUGAAGAAAAGAAGAUGCAAGAAGCACAAUUGAACGAGAUGAAGGCCAACACGUUUGGCUGGCUGGGCGGUAACGCUGCGCCUGAGAGUGCAACAGUACCUUCAGCAGGCACUGUGGAGGCUGCAGCCGCUGCACACAGCACUGGAGCAUCUGCAAACCAGUCCAAAUAA